AUGCAUAGACAUGUACGGGCUCUACCGGGGCAUGUUGAGCACGGCCGAUGCCGAGACCCUCGUCGAGGACUCGUCUCCGGCUCGCUGGGCGCCGUCAACACCCGACCAUCCGGGGUGAUGGCGGGAGCGGUCGUCGACCGCGUCGGCUUCAAACGAUCGGCAUGCGGGCUCGACGUGCUCAUUCUCGUUGGGUCCGUACUGCUCUGCACGCGCAGUUUCAUCGCGCAGGUGGGUGCGCAGGUCAUCCUGUCUUUGCUCGCGGGCGGGUGGCAGAUCCUCCUGCAGCGCUUCUGCAUCCACUACGUGCCCGUGGAGCUGUUUGGUACGUGGAACGGCUUUCUUCAGAGCCUUCUCGGUUUGGGGCAGCUGCUCCUCACCCCCUCCACCUUGCUGUUCACCGAGUGGGUCCGGCCACGCUUGCAGGACAACGGCGCAUGGCUGGCCACGCGGGGACCUGCAGGGUGGCGGUCGUGUUCUUGUACUUCUGGACGCGCGUCUUCUCUUCGUGCUACCUGGUCCAUGCCGAAGCACCCGAUGCCUCUGCCCAACAGCCUCCGGCUGGCUGAUGUCCGCGCUGCGAUCGAUUCGGUCGUGUGGAGCGGAGACAUGGCCUGUACGUGGGGCUAG